AGAGAUGUGGAAGCUCGACACAGCGAAGACGAGGGUGGAUGAAGUCGUGGGAUGUUAGAGGGCUGAAAGAGUGGAAAGGAGGCAGAAGCUGUCAUUGUCACAGAGACAGACAGGUGAGGCUUUCCAGCCCACCUGCAGACAGAUGUGGAAGCUGCUGCUGCUGCUCUCACCGCAUGAGGAAGCUGGAUCGAUCAGCCUGGAAGUAGACGGCGGCAGGAUGCCACCUUAACCAGAACUGAGCUGUCCAUCUUUGUCCACCUCUCUACAGCCCAGUCCCUCCGCCAGGUGAAGAUGUAGUCUGUUUGAACUCCAUGGAGAUGUCUCCAAACACGGUCUCCUCUGCCCCGUUGCCAUGGUCACUGUGGUUGCUCUUCUUCCUGACCCCCGUCGCCCAGACAGCGAGCUCUGCCCCCGCGCCUGAAACUUCUCUGCCGGUCAACACCACGCUGUUGUUCGACAUCGGCGCCCCAGGCUACAACCUGCGGAACUGCAGCUGCUCUACGCCUGUCCGGGACUGCAACGAGGCUCUGGCCAACGCGCUGUGCAGAUGCCACACCGUUCUGCGCUCCGCUCUGCCCCCUGCUGGGCUCAGAGAGCCUGGACGACUCACCGUCUGGGUGAAGGAGCUCUGGGUCCUGGAGGAGCUGCUGAACAGGAGCAUGAUCGGCCACUUGCGGUUGUCGUUUUGUGGAAUAAAACCAAUAGACGGUCAGUACGUGGCUCUGCUAGGCCUACAGACCCUCAGGAUACACAGUGCAGCACCAGAAGCUCCCUACCCCGACCAGGAAAUUACAAUCUCCCCCUCAGCAGGCGUUGCAGCAGAGCUAGAGGCCGUCUCCGCUGACUUCUCCUCCUCCCUCCACGUGACCUUUCUGGAUGUAGCAGUGCUCAACGGACUCUCAGCCCUAAAGGCAUACACUGUGGUGGGACCUCCUGCUCACACCUUCUCCCAGCACUUCCCCCACCUGGCCUCUCCCCUCACUCUGCCAUCCUCUGCUACACCUGAUGAGCCAGCAGACCCCAGUGAGGCGGCUGCAGAGUCUCUGCAGAACCUGCUCGUCACAUUUGUCUACUGAUAACCACAAGUUCCAUUCAAGGGCACUGCCAUCGCGUGGAACGAUAGAACGCAGCUGGAUGGUGUCUCUGUUCUCCUUUUGCAAAGGAAAAGUUGCACAUGUGACAUAUUCUCUGUGGGAUAUAUUGAAGUUUUGUAUGACUGGCUGCUGGAUUCUGGCCUAAAUGUGUCUUUGAACAGUGUCUCAAGAGAGGCAGACAUCUUUCUCAGCCUGAUGCAUUUUCUUCAAGGAGACUAUUGACUUCAGAACUUUUCACAUGUGGCCGACACUCACACUCCUGCUGCCCAUUUUCCUUCCCUGAAAGGAAAUGCGUAGAAAUUUCUGCACUCAUACCGCAGGCAGACAGAAUGAUGGCAGUGUUUACGCCAGCUAGGUCUUCAAGUCUUAACUGCAGCAUAUUUUGGGUAUAAGAAAGCUGCAAAGACCGUGAUCCUAACAUCCCAGCUGAUCUGCUUUGUUAGAGGUGACGUUUGUGCUAAUUUUCCAGACCUGCUGCACAAACAGGGGCUUCAGCACCAUCGUCACGCAGUGUGUUUACAUGCAUGAAUAUUCUUGUCACACGAGAGUUGUUUUACAUGCAUGUGCUCUGAUUCCAAAUGCUGGUGCCACUUCAGACAACCAGUAAUCUAAUGUAAUGAGGCGCUCUUUGUAAAGGGGUUGACAGCAGGAACUGAGGGUUUUAGAAAUGGUUCAGUCAUUUACAAAAGCGUGACAAAUCAAAGAACUGUCACUUGAACAAACUGGAACCAACAUGCAGUUUGUUGAUUAAUUCAAACACAACCCUUAUAGCAUAAUGCCUUCAGUCUGAGAUACAGUGAGCGGUGACUGAGUGCAGCAAUGUCCAUCAACGGGUGGUCCGAGGGUCCUGACCUUCAGUACAGUCUGUACAUUGUUCAGUGUGGUGGCAAACCGCUGCACUAUGUGUCCUGAGAUCCUGGUGAAAAUCAUGGCUUUAAUUCUGUCAUUUUCCUGAAAACCUCCUGAAACAAUGCCAGUGGGUCCUUGCAUAUAAUCUUUAUAUUUGUGGGUUUGUAGUUUCUAGCAGCUCUGCAAGGAAGCAGCUGAUGCUGGUGCUCAGAUGUGUCGUCGUUGUAAAUGAAGGCAGCUGCUUUUACAGAGUCGGCAAACAGCCUUAUCUUUGUUGCUAGUUUUGCCAUCCAGAGCGUGAAACCUAAAAUACUUCUCAGAGUUGUGAUUCAUCCAUCAGCAUGGCUUUGCUCCCUAUUGUCCUGCUCCAUUUUUCUUGAUUUUCUGAGUUUACUGAUUGGUUAAUUGGGCAUGCAAUAGGUCAAACUGAGCUGCAAACGACUGCAAACUAUGAUCUCAGAGAAUAUUUAACAUUUUCCCACAUUCCAAUGAGAAGAAGUAGAAACCAUCAAUAAGAACAAGUGUUGGGUUACUAAUUCAAUUUUUGUUAAUAAUGCAGUUUUAAAUAUUGGUAAUCCGUUAAAAAAUCUGUCUCUCUGUGCACACUGAGACACCAGGUAUCACUGGGUGUUCACGUCUGGCCUCGAAAACUCCCCGGCGUGAGCGUGACUGAACAUGUGACGAGUGGAACCGUAGCCACAAGCAUCCAGACCGACUUGUUCCGAUACGCCAGGACAACAUCCGAGACAAACCGCACGCCUGCUGCCAAAGAGGGACGAGAUGUUCCAGAUCCCACUUCCAGCUGCCAAGUGGGUGUCAGCUCCCGUCCAGGUGUUGUCAGAUAUGUAGGGGGAGCACGAUAGCGUGGACAGCGGGGAGGAGGCCUUCGACUGGACUGUGGCUGCUCUGGCUGGAUGCAGUUGUUUCUUGAGUUUUCAUUUGAAAAAUUUCAGGAAAAACUGGACGAAAUGAGCCGAGAAACAGAUGCAGACACGUCCAAACAGGACACGAGGACACGCUGACAGGUCUGAUCAGGACCACCACCUCUCCACCACCAUGAUGCUUUUUGGAGGAUUGGUGGUCAUAAACUCGUUCAGGAGCACUGAAGCUUUAGACCAGGAUGAGGUCUGAGCAUCCCGGUGGACUCAGAGUCGGGGUCAACACUCUCAGAUCUUUGGUGGGAAAAGGGAGCAAGCUCCCCAUGACAAUUACUUUGUGGUAAUUUGAUUGAAUACACAUUUGUUUGUGGCUCCUGCGUGUUUGCCCACGCUUGAGGACUUGUCUUUUACAGACUGUUACUUGGUAAAAUCUAGCAUUUUUUUUU